AUGAUACCCUUCAACAACGUAACUACUUCUCAGUCAACCACGAAGAACAAGGAGUUUCAGAUUUUCCAUCACGUUUUGAUUUCAACAAGAACUGCUUUCUUUGUGGAGAUUCUGCUGAUAUUUCAGCCUCACACAAAGUUAAAAAUCCUGUGGCGAAUUCCUGUAAAAAGGAAAGUUGAAGAUGACGAUAGUGAACGUUACAAAGCCUUCCUUGUUCCAGCAACUCACAUUACAAGUCACGAUGAAGAUUACGUUUCCUUCAAACAACUCAAUGAAAUAAUGGCUAAGGAAGGUGUUCAACCGUAUUGCUCAAAAUGGAUGAAAUUUCGACUAUUGCAUCAUUUUAAAGAACAAGAAGUAAUAAUCACCAGAGUAUCACACAUGAAUGACCACAUUGUCAUACUACAUGAAAAAUCAACCAGAAUUAUUCACAAUUUCUACUCAACAACUAUCAAACAAAGUGAAAAUGAUAAGAAAAUGGAGAUCAUUAAAGAAGCAGCAAGAUUGAUCAAGAGCGAAAUACUGUCCAUAUCUCCAAACAAAGAAGAAUUCAAUUUAUUAAUGAUUUAG